CGCAUUGCAAAGCUUGCCCAGUUGAACCGCUACGACACCUUGUGCGGUUGAAAGUGCUGUAGGUGCGAGGAAAGAGGCAGAAAGCAAGACAUAAGGAUGUGAAUCGCCGUUGCACGUUGAUGCAGUAAAAAAUAGAGGGUCUUCUUCCACAACAAUAACACUUCUCCAGGGCACCCAGAUGGAUAUGACUCCUUUUUACUUGUCAGCGCGUCCACGUCAUGGCAUCAACAUCGUUUUUGCCCGUGGCCAUGUAAUUGUUGCUAGUCUGACUUUCCUGUUACUGAGUGCGAGUCACCUCCGCGUUUCCGACUCUCUUGCCGUGACGAUCAGUGAUGAUCACCAGCACGAAAGGGCCAGCAUUCAGCGCGUGGCUCGCGAAGUCUCCAGCACAUCUCCCCCAUGUUCCGGGGACCGGUCGAUAGACAUCUAUGAAGACUACUGCGUGCCUGAUUCCGCCACAAGCGUCCUGAUUCGGAGAAUCGACUGUGGAACAGGAGCAGAGAUUCAGGUCUUCCCAGCCAAUGACCCCAACAAGGAGCGCGAACCGGUUAUUAUCGGGGAUGAGUACGGCGUUAGUCUGUUUAACCCGGGUCGCUUCGUCGGCACAAGCUACUUCAGGUGCAUUGCCAGACCUCUUGCGCCGGGGGGACGCUAUGGCGAGGCCACUUUCAUUGUGAAGCCAAAUGGUUAUAUAGAAGGUAUCUGCGAUAUCGUUACGAAUGGCGGCUGCCCCCCUUUGCCCACCACCCCCCCUGCUCAACGGACAAAGAUCAGCGUGCCUCCCAUUCGCACUACUCCUUUUUCACCCACUGUGCCUUCAAGUGUAACCACAGCGCCUCAAGUUGCAACCCCUGUGCUGUCCAAGCCCGCUUCCACUACGAACGUGGACCGGCUCACCGCCAGUAGCGAAGCCACUAAAGCAACCACCAUCCUAGCUACAGCCCCAGGAAUAACGUCGGCAUCGACUAAAGGACAAGAUUCGUAUACUACAGGCAUCCCUAAAGGUUUUAUCGCCCUCAUCAUUAUGUCGAGCAUUGCCUGCAUAGUGUGCUCCGUCCUUUGCAUUCUUCACGUUGUGCAUCCUCAAAGGAACGUAGAAGAGACGGAACAGAAAGCUCCUCCAGAAACGCCUUAUGAUCAGGAAGCCCGUAGUCCACCGCAUUCGGCACAAUAUAGUGUGUCCAGCAAUUCAAGUUCUGCGCCUUAUGAUCAGGAAGCCCGUAGUCCACCGCAUUCGGCACAAUAUAGUGUGUCAAGCAAUUCAAGUUCUGUAUCAUGCCGUACCUCUCCGGACCAUUCCCAACCAUGGCUGGCCAAUCGUACCAGUACAAAUCUCUCACCUGAGGCUAGGAAGCCAGCCACGAACACAACAGAAGCCAACUCUUUCUUUACGAGUGCUAAAGAAAGUGUCCAGCCAUCAAGUGAGACACGUGAUCUUCAUCGGGAUGUUCCUCAGCACAAUCCACAUGUUGCCUUGGCGAAUCGGCGAUUACAUGGUGUUUACGAUGAAAGCAGCAAUCAGCAACACAGUAGUGAGCUGGCUGUGGCACGAUCGCCUUCUUCUGCUGUGGAACUGCCGUGCCACAUCAACACUCCUCCAUAAAUACUUGAUCGAGGACAUACGCUGCCUGGCAAUUGAGUUGACGACAGACAACAGCUUGGUAACUGCAUUAGUAUGAAUGUGAUAGAGUGUUCCAGCCUGGUGUGUGUAUUGAUAAGCUUGUGUAUGCGUGUGCAGAUUGAUAGCUAUUAUUUGCAUGGUAUAAUUGUGUGAAUCAAUCGUAUUUGUCUGACCCAUCAUUCAUCCAGCAGGCCACUCGUGGUGUGGCCAAAACAUGUUCAAGGAGGAUUUGUUGUUUUCAAGUUUGCGAUUCCUUUAGCUGAGCUAUUUCCGAGGCCUAUUUAUCCCCUAGAACCGCUGUUCAAUUUCUAUACUAUUACCUUGAAUGUCCAAGACAUCAUUAUGUCGGAGGAUCCAGAGCCAAGGAUACAUUAAUUUUAUGGAAAAGAAAAGGACACAAGAAUUACACGUUACGCUAAAAUGUUCACUAACACCGCGAGUUACUUUUAAAACAAUCAUCUCAUGCGAUAACAUUCUUUUCUUCUCUGUAGACUUCAUUUUUGGCACUUUUUAAUUUUUUUAAACAGUUAAAAAGAUGAGAAUGGCACGGUGA